UGCUUCCUUUCGGUUCCCGGUCGCGUCGGUUCUCCUUCAGUGCGCGCUUCUUCCCUCCUUCCUCCUUCUCCUCCCUCCGACACACAAACCUCCGGCUCGUUCAGAUGACAGCGGAGGUGCAUCCCACAGGUGUGUAGCUGCCAAGUGAGCCGCGGCUUCUGGAGACACAUGCACACCUGGAAUUUAUCAUGUGACUCGUCACCUGGGCGUGGAGAAAGUCCCGGUCUUCUAACCAGAGACUCUUUUGUUGAGGAGUUGCCCGUGUCGCCUCUGAUCGGGAUCUGAUACAACCAAGUAGCCCUGUUUUUCUACGGAAUAGUGCCUUUCUGAAACCUGCCAACGGGACGCGUGAGGAAGAGUAAAAUGUAAACUUGCUUACGGAUUUUUUUUUUUCUUACUAUCAAUCCAUCGUGGUGGGGAAUUCUUCAGUGUUUGGACUGUUCGCGCUUGUGCAACUACUCUCUUCGCUCUUUUUUUUUUUCUCCUCCAAGAGCCCAGGCCCUUAAUGAAGCUGGGGGUCAGCGGCAGUGUGCGGCUAAUUGGCCAAGUUCGCCUGGGGCUCCGGCUGCCUGUGAUUGAAGUGUCCAGUGAGCGCCCACUGUGCAGCCACCGCUGCACCCUACUCUGUUUUACUCCAACAGCCAAGACGCUCGCUGCACCUCUGCCGGCCUCUCCCUAAGAUGGCAAGCUGGGUCUCCCUCCUCCUUUUCCUCUACUGCCAGUCAAUCUCACAAGCCCAGGAGGAGAGCAGCAACAACCCAGUCUUGGAGUUCACCUCCGAGACUCCCAUUAACAAUGUGGUCCAGGACCCCCAAACUGGUCGCAUCUACCUGGGAGCGGUCAACACCAUCUUCCAGCUGGGGCCAUCCCUCCGCCAGGAGGCUCGUGCCGAGACGGGCCCCAAAGAAGACUCCCGGACCUGUACGCCUCCAGCUUCAGCCUGCCAGGACACGAAGCCCAUGCCCAACCUCAACAAGCUCAUGCUGGUCCACCCAUCCAACGGUUCGCUUAUAGUCUGCGGCAGUCGAUACCGAGGCAUCUGCUCCCUCCUCAACCUGUCCAACGUGGAACAGCAGCUGUAUUACAGUGACAGUAAAGGAGAGAAGACUUAUGUGGCGAGCAUAGAGGACAACGUUAACGUGGUGGGCGUCAUGUCCACCUAUUCAAAAGAGGCGCAACCCUUAAAUGUGUUUGUUGUUGGGAAGGGCUAUGGAACCCUGGACAGUACAAAACUCAUCAGCACACGAAUCCUUCAGGACUUUAAGGAAUGGGUCGUAUUUGAGAGCAUCAUCGAGGCGUCCACAGUACAGACGACGCCAUUUGUUCCCAAGUACCUGCACGACUUCCGACAUGCCUUCAAAGAGGAUGGAUUUGUUUAUUUCCUCUUUUCUCGGACACUUGACGGUACAGACAACAAAAACCUAACCUUUGUGUCUCGUCUUUGCGAGGAUGACCACCAUUACUAUUCCCACACAGAGCUCCAGCUAAACUGUGGUACGAAUAACCGAUACAACAAAGUCCAAGCAGCUUAUGUGGCUUCUCCAGGAAAAGAGCUGGCGCGGGUCAUGACUGAAUCAGGUGUGUAUGGGAAGGUCGUGCCGUGGAGUAAAGUCCUGUUCAUGGUGGCGAGCCCGGAUGACGACGACAGCGACUCAGCUCUCUGCAUGUACCCGCUUAACUCCAUCAAUGAGCGGCUGGUGGAUAUCAUCAGCGCAUGCUACAGUGACUCCGGAAAGAUUUCUGGGUUUCCUGCUGUGGACAUACCCUACUCCUCUAAAACUGACGAGUUUUGCACGUCAAGAAUUGCGAAGGAUACGUUGGAAAACUUCAAAUGUGGUGCAGACUUUCUGCCUUCCCCUCUGGCAAGCAAGCCCAGAUUUGCCUUAACGGCAGAUGCAGCGCUGACCAAGUCGGGCCUUCUGACCGCCGUGGCAGUUGCCGUGGAGAAUGAUCACACCAUCGCCUUCCUGGGCAACAACCAGGGAGAGGUCUUCAAGGUGCACCUCACCACCGAGCCAUAUGUGUACAGCAAGGUUCCUGGCGACACCAGAGGAGAGAAGGUCAACAAAAACCUCUUCUUUGACCUCAGUCACAGCCACCUCUACAUUACCACUGAGAAAAAGAUCACCAAGGUGCCGGUGCAGACGUGCCUCCAAAAGAAAGACUGCCAAUCAUGCGUGGAACUGAGGGACCCUUACUGUGGCUGGUGUGUCCUGGAGGGAAGGUGUACCAGGAGGUCUGAGUGCCGACGGGCAGAGGAGAAGAAUGGCUGGUUGUGGAGCCCGAGGCAGCAGUGUGUCAAGAUUGUAUCCUUCUAUCCCCCGAACCUUUCCUGUAAAAAGACUGACAAGGUGAAGAUCAACAUCCCCUCCCUUCCGUCAAUUGGAUCCUCUGACCGUCUGCACUGCAGCAUUGAGUCUUUCCAGAGUGAUGGCACCAUGGUGGACUCUGGUCAGGUCUCCUGUGAUCUGCCCCAGCCUUCGCUUAUACCGCAAACACCUGAGGACCAAGAUUUCGUGGCCGUGGCUGUGAGGAUUUUUGUCAAUGAGACUGUGGAGCUGGCAACGCGGGAGUUCAAGUUCUACAACUGUGCCGCCACAGUCAGGAAAUCUGAAAACACACCGUGCAUGUCAUGCGUUGCCAGUCCGUGGGGAUGCCAGUGGAACACACGUGACCACACCUGCAGCGAUACAGACGACAACAUAGUGGGCCCCAACAUCAUCAAACAGCGGCAGGGAGCAAAGUGUCCUCAGUUCGAGAAUCCAGAUCCUGUGCUGAUCCCUGUGGGCUACAAGACUCGAAUCAGCUUUGAAGGGAUAAAUUUGAACCUCUACCAGGGUCAUCCCUUCACCAUCGGCACUGAGCUGAUGAGGAAUGCGGAGGAAGAGGUCAUUUUCGAGGAGGGGCCGUUCUACACUUUCAGCGGCUUCAAUUUUUCCUACGAUAAGUCACCAGAGACCAAUGUUCUUUUCUACGUGAAGGACAAGGAGUCUGGCAAGAAGAUGGACAGCACGCUGAACGUCACCCUGUACAACUGCUCCAUGGGCAGGGAGGACUGUAGUCUCUGCAAGAACGCCGACCCAAAGUACAGGUGUGUGUGGUGCAGCAGGCAGAAGGCGUGCGUGUACGAGAAGCUCUGCAAUCAACAAGGCUCUGAGGAUCCUCACAACGCCGAGUGCCCCAACCCCGAGAUCACCGACAUCAUCCCUCGGUUUGGCCCCCUGCGGGGAGGCAUCGCCAUCACCAUCCGUGGCUCCAACCUCGGCAUCCACAAGGAAGACAUUAAAGAAAUCACAGUGGUUGAGGAGCCCUGUAUCCAUCAGGAGGAAAAGUACUCCGUCUCCACAAGUGUGGUGUGUGAGAUUGGCCCUGUUGAAAUUACUAAGGACCACUGGGGCCAUGUUGAAGUGGAGGUGAAUGGAGGGAAAAGAGGAACCUCCUCCAUGUACUUCACCUACAGGGACCCAAUUCCGGAAGCGGUGAAGCCUGCCAGAGGUCUUAAAGCAGGGGGAACCCUCAUUACAAUAUCUGGCCAAUUUCUAGACACUGGCAGUAAGGAUGAUGUCCAGGUUACCAUCGGAGGGGUGGACUGCGCUGUGGAGCACUUCGGAAAAGAGAUCACCUGCAGGACAGGAGAAUACCGAGCGGAUAAGGUGCCCUCUGACCCUCUCACCGUCACAAUGAAGUAUGGAAAGAGUACCACAAAAACCAUCCCAAGUGCCUUCCAGUUCUUAGAAAACCCCACUGUGCUGGAUCACCACCCCAAAGGAAGCUUUGUCUGUGGCGGGAGGAACAUUGUGGUGACCGGCUCCGGUUUUGACCUAAUCCAGACUGCUGUCAUAAAAGUCCAGGGAGGAAACUUGACAGCUUCCGAGAACGCCCACGGGAAGAACGACACGGUGAUCCAGUUUUGGUCCCCGACGGUAAACGGCUCCCUGAACCAGCACUUUAAGACGUACAUCCACCUGGACAACUGGGUGAAGGAACUGAAGCCGUUCGACUACCACCCCGACCCCAGCUUCAACGAGCUCACCAAGAAGGUCAUCACCGAGGCCAGCAUCAUCAUCGUCACUGGUCGGGGAUUCUCCAGAGCGAUGACGGCCAAAGAGGCUCAAGCGUUUGUGGGCGACGUUCAGUGUCUGGUCAACACGCUUCAGGAUGACAAGCUGUUCCUGGACCCACCUUCCUCUACGCCCAGCGCUCGCUCCAGACGGCACCGCAGAGACACCCGACCGGAGCUACUGGAUCUGAUGAUCAAGUUUGGAAAAGGGGAGUGGUUGGUCGGCUCUGUGCAGUACGAGAAGAAGAACGAUUUGUCGCUCUACAUCAUCAUCCCUGCUGUCAUUUUGCCCAUGCUGCUCAUCAUCAUUAUCUCCGUCUACUGCUACAGGAGAAAGAGUCAACAGGCGGAGAGGGAGUACGAGAAGGUGAAGCAUCAGCUCGAGAACCUGGAGGAGAGCGUACGAGACCGCUGCAAGAAGGAAUUCACAGACUUGAUGAUUGAGAUGGAGGACCACACUAAUGACCUGAGUGAGGGACGAAUCCCCUUCCUGGACUACAAGACCUACACGGACCGGGUCUUCUUCCUGCCCUCUAAGGACGGUGCCAAUGAUGUGAUGAUCACAGGGAAGCUAGACAUCCCAGAGGCUCGAAGGGCCACAGUGACUCAGGCACUCAACCAGUUCUCCAACCUCCUGAACUCCAAGACGUUCCUCAUUAAUUUUAUCCGAACCCUGGAGCGCAGUCAUGACUUCAAUGCCAGAGCCAAGGUGUACUUUGCCUCCCUGCUGACGGUGGCUCUUCACGGGAAACUAGAGUACUACACCGACAUCAUGAGAACGCUGUUGCUGGAGCUGAUGGGGGAAUAUGUCCACAGCAAGAAUCCCAAACUGAUGCUGCGCAGGUCAGAGACAGUUGUGGAAAGGAUGCUGUGCAACUGGAUGUCCAUCUGCCUUUACCAGUUUUUGAAGGACUCUGCAGGCGAGCCCUUGUACAAACUGUUCCGAGCCAUCAAGCACCAGAUCGAGAAAGGGCCUGUAGACGCCAGAGUGAAGAAAGCCAAGUACACCCUCAACGACACAGGCCUGUUGGGCGACGACGUAGAGUACUCGGUCCUGACCUUGCAAGUGCUGGUUCAAGGCGAGGGUCCAGACGUCACGCCCGUCAAGGUGCUGAACUGUGACACCAUCUCCCAGGUGAAAGAGAAGAUUAUUGAGCAAGUGUACAGGAACCUGCCAUACUCCCAGAGGCCCAAGGUCGACAGUGUCACUCUGGAGUGGCGCCCCGGCUCAACGGGGCAGAUUCUGUCAGAUCUGGAUCUGACGUCACAGAAAGAAGGCAGAUGGAAACGCAUCAACACUCUGGCACACUACAAUGUACGAGAUAACGCCACAUUAGUUUUGUCCAGAGUUCUACACACUCAACAGAACUACGACCAGAACCAGGAAAACCACGAAGAGCGAAAUGCUCUGCUGGAAGAUGAUAAAGUGUUUCACUUGGUGAGGCCAGCAGACGAACUGGAUGAGAUUAAAUCUAAAAGAGGAAGCAUAAAGGACAAGUCAAUGACCAAAGCCAUUACAGAGAUCUAUCUAACACGACUCCUCUCAGUCAAGGGAACACUGCAGCAGUUUGUGGAUGACUUCUUCCGCAGCGUGCUGUGCUCUGGGGCAGUGGUCCCACCAGCUGUCAAAUAUUUCUUUGACUUCCUGGAUGAGCAAGCGCUGAAACACAACAAUGUGGAUGAGGAAACCAUCCAUAUCUGGAAGACUAAUAGCCUGCCUCUACGGUUCUGGGUGAACAUCCUCAAGAAUCCCCACUUCAUCUUUGAUGUCCAUGUGUCUGAAGUGGUGGACGCCUCGCUCUCCGUCAUCGCUCAGACCUUCAUGGAUGCCUGCACCAAGAGCGAGCACAAACUCAGCCGGGACUCUCCAAGUAACAAACUACUCUAUGCAAAGGAGAUCUCCACCUACAAAAAGAUGGUGGAUGAUUACUACAAGGGCAUCAGGCAGAUGGUGCCCGUCAGUGACCAGGAUAUGAACACUCAUUUGGCAGAGGUGUCGCGGUCUCACACAGACAAACUGAACACACAAGUGGCUCUCCAUCAGCUUUACCAGUACGCCAGCAAAUACUAUGAUGGGAUCAUCGCAUCCCUGGACGAGGACCCAGCUGCCCAGAGUAAACAGCUGACCCUGCGGCUCCAGCAGAUAGCAGCCGCCCUGGAAAACAAAGUGACUGAUCUCUAACCCACUGAGUGGAGGAGGGGAGGGAAAGAGGGAGGGAGGGAGGGAUAUCGCCAGUGACUACAGGAGCUUACUUCUUCUUUUCAGAGAAUAAAACAUAAAAACAAGGAAAUAUGAGAAGAGACUCAUGUGGGCGUCUAUAUUGAACAACUCGGCUAGGGGCAAUUUUCUGUUCUGUGGAGUAACGGGGAAUAAUGAAAUGCAGAUAGAGAGCAAAAAGAGGGGAAGAAAAUGAUGGGUUACACUGUCAUAGGUACGCCUUAAAGCUUACUUGCCAAACCUUAAAGGUCUGCGCGCUCACUCAUGCUUCACUGAAUAUUACUCCCACAAUGCAGUGCGGGAGAACUCUCUCUGAGAAUUAAGCUCCUCUGUGGAACACUGGCAUAGGAGAUAAUCAGAUGUUCAAUUUCUCUCUGUGUAGAAAAGGUUUUAAGAGUUGUAUUAUAUAUUUUUUUUAUUGUGCAGUCUUUAUGCGGAAAGCUUUAUAAGGAAAAAAAAUAUCUUUUUAAAUGGAUCACCUGUGGUGCGGAUAGUGUUUUUAUUAGCCUGUGUGUGCGUCGACGUCUGCGUGAAGUGCAACAUGUGAACAAGAGCGCGUGUUGCUGAACUUGAGUGUGUGUUCACGUGUGAAUGUGUGGGAAUGUGCAUGCACACACAGGAUGCCUACUGUCAGGCGUGAGGGCGAAGGGACGCCUGCUUUCUGUCAUUUUAAUCCCCCAUACCCGGUAACACACUGGAGCCUGCGCUCUCACAGAGCUUUAUGACAGAGACCAAAGGGUCCUCACAAGGACACUGGUUAAUCUAGCAAUGUACAGGCUCAUAUGAAUGACAGGUCACGGGUAGUUUCAAAAAAGUUUGAGUUAAAUAUUUUGCUUUUGACUCAGAUUUGCUUUGACCUGGAUUGCCAUUUGUGCUUGUGGAAAUCGAUAAUAGCACAGUCUGUCUCCCUUUAUUGUACAGUGCCAUGAAACAUUCCACUUCAACAAAAGCACAGAAGGACAUUUCAGAUGUUUUUUAAGACAUUUCAGUUAAUGACUCUUCAGAUAUUUCUUCUUUGCUAUAAAACUUUUUCUUUUAAGUGUCAGCAAGAAGCAGCUUUAUUCUGCCAUGGAGCCAUGUCACUCAUAUUAGCCCUGCAAUAAUGUCAGUAUACCAUGAGCCACAAUCAACAGUUGCAUUAGCUUACAAAAUGUAUUUGAAUACAGUAGCAAUUCAGCAAUAUGUUAAAAACUAUCCAAAUUGAUUCAUGCAUUGUUUGCGUUUAUGAUUUCGAGUGCCAUUGUUUUUUUAGUGUUACCCAUGUAAUGUUCCAAAUAUUCUUCAAGCGUUCUGCCUCUAAAGCUAUGAAAUAGCCUAUUGCUGAUGUUAAUAAUCUGCCAGAGAUGCAGUUGGUAGUUCAAUGGCAUGUUCUGAACAAAUUAUAGUGGUUUUAGCCUUUUGUAUGAUGUUGGGGAGGUUGGGUUCAAUCAUGUACAUAAUUGUUAUAGUAAUUGGAAUAUUGAUAUGUCAAUGUCAGAGCCGAGGCGUCGACGGCGUAGGAACGAGGGUUUGAGAUUUCUUGGGCCAUUAAACGCCAUCCCUAAAUUGUAGGUCUUGCUGUUGACAGAUGAUUUAAUUGUACUCCCUGUAUCUGAUCAUGGAUGUGUGUAGUUGACAGAGCAUAACGAGCUCCAGAGACCCCAGAAUGUUAACGAUUCCUGCCUUGGCUAGAGAGAGGUUUGCACAGACCUCGAGCCUGCCUGCCUGCUGUCUCAGCAUGGCACCCUGGCAUCCCGACCAACAGCACUUGGCACUGCCCACUCAGCGCAGUGCAGAGUGGCACUCUGUAUAAUGGAAUCAGCAGGGGAGGCUUUUGAUCUUAAUUGCAUGCCGACUGCAGACUCCAUCCUUGUCUCCGCUGUUGUUUACUGCUGACUCCUUUCUCACUGACAGAGUUGAUGCAAGAAGCUUCUUUCAGAGCCUUUCUUUAACCGAAAAUGUGCCUUAUUGAGUAGGAUGAUACAUAUAUAUUGUUUCUAAAUUAUUCUAUUGGUAACCUAGGUGAUUAUGAUGAUGAUAGUGCUAUAGACACAGCAAUGUACUUGGACUUGUGAUCUUAUGUGUGCUGUCUAAAAUGCUAGAUGCCCUGCUGCAGCCGUUUGCGUGCCAAUAGGCUGAAGACAUUUCAGUAUGAUUUCUUUUCUGGUUGCAGUUUUGAUGUGUGCAUUUCCUUUGGGUGUCUGUGGUGUGUGCUUAGUAGGACUUUGGUGGCUAAGGCAAAAAGCCAAAAUGAAUAAAUGUAAAACAGUGGCCAAUGUGAUUUGGGUUUCCCUUGAAAAUGUCUGGCAUUCCUAAAUUAGUCUGAAGUCAAAAGGGUAUCCUUAUGUAGACUGAAUAUAGCGCAAAACUGUUCCAAUGGUGUUAAUUUUUUGCCCUGUGUUUCUAAGCUAUUCCACAGUGUGUACGAUAAAUGACUAUCUAUACUCGACAAAUGAUCUUUCUUACUGCUGUGCAGUUAUUAUUUUUAUUUCUUGUUUCCUAUACCAUAUAAAUCUUUGUAAAACACAUUGAAAUACUGUAUUCUAACUGUAUAAUCCUAUGCAUUGAGUCCUGGGACAAAAAAAAAAAAAACAAAAGAGAGAAAAAAAAACUGUUUGUGCAGUUGUCGAGACUUUUUUCCAUUUUGAAACUUGUGAAUGUGCUGUAAUGAUUAAAAACAAACUGGGACACUCCAUUUUCAGUACAAGACCAUCAAUGGAAGCCAACGUUUUCCUCCCCAUCCAAGGCAGCUCAGAAGAUUCUCGAUCUUGUACCUGAUCUGGUUGUACUGGAUGAACUUAAUUUUACAAAAGUUGUGUGUGGACGGAGCAGUUUCCCACAGAUUUCAUCAUACACUCCUCCGUGAAUAAACUCAGAGACGUAUACGCCCUUCA